UGUUAGAUUAGCUGCUGUGCGUUUGUAGAUCUGAAAAACAAUUUCAUUCCCAAAAAAUUGAAACUUUCCUCUUGCCGAGUCGUUGCGAAGGGUUCAGGAUCAAAAACUCGAGAACUCGUUCGAUGAUCGUGUAAUUAAUCAAUCUCCAAAUGACAACGCCGGCGAAAAGGGCAAAAGUCGAUUCGUCGUCGCCGUCGCCUCCUGCGAGCAUCAAUCGAUACAUCCCCGACGAGAUCUGGAUCGAGAUUCUCAGUCACGUCGACAAUCGAACUCUGCCGCGAUGCCGCUUCGUCUGCAAAGACUGGAACAGCAUGAUACGCGGCUUCGUCUGGCGAAAGAAGGCCGAGCGCGCGAUCGGCAAGGCACUUCCCGCGGCCGAGUGGACCACCUAUUAUCUCAUCUGCGCGGGUCUGCCGAUGUACAAAAAUCUGUUGAAGAACCAUUCCGGUGAGUCGGGUCUGCGCGAGCGCGGCAAUUGGACGAUUUUGAAGAACGGCGGCACGGGCUGGGACGUGGAGUCGAUCAACAAAGCCAACGGGCCCAAGGACUCGUCUUGGAGCGGCGAAAAGCACUGCUUCGUUACGUCGUUCAACGAGUGCGUGAUGGAGCAGACCGUCAAUCUACGCGACGCCGGCUUGUCCGAUUACGUUCUGGACGUUCUUCGGCCGACGAUCAAGGUCACCGAGUGGUUUCGCAGCGGAGCCGAUCGACCCGCCGAGUACGAGCUCAGAAUCAAGUUGUACGGUCAGAAAUUGACCGAUAUCAUGGAGACGAUAGAUUACGCCAAAGUUAUCGAGUACGAACAAAUAAACCAGUGGUUCAAGUUCACUCACGAAAUAAACGAUUACGGCAAGGGGUUGAGAAACAUCAAAUUUUGGCACCGGGGCUACGAUCGCAGCCAAACGCCGGGCAAUUAUGGCACUAAAAUGGCUGGCGCCUGUAUAAGCUUAGAAAUGAGAGACGAUGUCAAAUAAAAGGUAUCUGCGGCACUAAAAUGUGGAAAUUUAUAAGACAAAAUAUACCGUCUGAUACAAUUAACAUGCGACGAGGCCAAAGAACUGCUCACAUACAUGGACUUUUGGGAAAUUUUUACAAGCUUGGAUAAAUUGGAUCAUCUGCCUCAACA